AUGAUAACCCGCGCGUGGGUAGUUGUUUUAUUUCAGACACUCGUCUGCCUUACCCUCGUGGCCCUGCCCGGGGCGUUCUCGGCCGAUGAGUCGGUCCAGUUGAGCGAGGCGUUUGGCGGCCCGCAUGGAAAUGAAUUCUCGGACCAAGCAUCAGUUGCGGCAGGACAGUCAAUUGGAUCGAUAACGAUUCGCGCGGGUGAACGAGUCGACGGCAUUUCGCUGGAGGUAACAGCACCAAAAGCAGCCACGUUCAGUCAUGGUGGCUCUGGCGGAAAAGCAAACACUCUGACGCUCGCAAAGGAGGAGUACAUCACCUCAAUGGAGGCGCAUUGGGGCGAGAAAAAAGGUCGAACGCGGAUCUUCUACUUGAGCUUUGGGACGAGCGCAGGCAACACGGUAGCGGCAGGCUCGCAGACGGAGAGUAAGAACACAGUGACAGCACCGAAAGGUUUCCAGCUCGGAGGCUUCUUCGGACAGGACGGUAACGAGAUCGACAAGUUGGGUGCGAUUUGGACGCGGAUAUCAGCCGAAGCUCCUGCUCCAGCCCCCACUUUGGUCCCUCCUGCACCAGCACCAGCUCCAGUAUCUGCAGCCGCAUCCGGUAGUGGUGAACCUGUUACUCCAGCGAACUCUGCGCUAGCGUCAGCUGCUGGCUCAGGCUCUGCUGAAGCCCCCACCAAACAAGUGGCAGCAACAUCAACUGAAGACUCAGCGCUUGGCUCAGACGUUGCGUCUGGCUCUGGUGGGGCUCCCAUAAAGAAGAAGAAGAAGAAGGCAAUUGCGAUUGCAUUGAGUGACGGGUCUGCGGAUGCUGAACUAGCCUCAGCUGAUGCUUCUGGAUCUUCCGACGCCCCAAUCAAGAAGAAGAAAGCUGCAGCACCUUCUGAAGACUCUGAUGCUGCAUCAACAUUAACCGAUGCGUCUGGUUCUGCUGAGCCUCCCAUUAAUAAGAAGAAGACAGCUGUAGCAUCCGACGAAGGAUCUGCACUCGAGUCCGGCGAGGACUCUACACGUGCGUCGGGCGAUGCGUCUGGUUCAUCUGGUACUCCCAUUAAGAAGAAGAAGAAGGCAACUGCGGUUGCGUCGAGUGACGGGUCUGUGGACCCUGAACUAGCCUCAGCUGAAGCUUCCGGGUCUGCCGAAACCCCGACCAAGAAGAAGAAAGCAGCCGCGUCUUCUAAAGACUCUGGUGGCGGGUCUGCAGAAGACGCUGCAUCAACUUUAACCGAUACGUCUGGUUCUGCUGAGCCUCCCACUAAGAAGGAGAAGACAGCUGUAGCAUCCGAUGAUGGCUCUGCAAUCGGGUCGACCGAAGACUCCGCAUUAGCUUCAGACGAUGCGUCUGGCUCUGCGGAAGCCGUCACUAACAAGAAGCCGGCAGUAACGUCAAGCGACGGCUCUGUAGCAGACUCGGCAGCGACCUCACUCGAAGCCUCACUAGCAGCAUCUAGCGAGGGGUCUGCGGACAAGCCGACACAAAGCUCUGCCGUUGACUCCACAGCAGGUUCUGGACCUGGAUCAGAUAAAGGCUCGGCGGCAGAGGCUCCAGCCGGCUCAGGAGUAGCACAAGUGGCUCCUCCUGCAGGAACGGAAGCCCCUGGGAUGAGUGUCAAGGACUCCAUCGUGCUGAGUGAAAGCUUCGGUGGGCCUCACGGCAGGGACUUCUCGGACAAGAACUACGUCAACUCUGGACAGACCGUCAGUCAGGUCUCUAUCUAUGCCGGUAAACGACUUGAUGGUAUCAGCUUAGACAUCUCGGCUCCCAAGACGCAGACUUUCACGCACGGAGGAACUGGCGGUGACCGCAAAGUGCUCAAACUGGGCGACAAAGAGUACAUCACGUCGAUGGAGGUGCAUUGGGGCAAGAAAGACGACCAUACGCGCAUUUUCUAUGUGAAUUUCGUCACUAGCGCGGGCAACUCGCUGUCUGGCGGGUCGAUGACGGACGACAAGAGUACAGUGACUGCACCGAAAGGAUUCCAACUUGCAGGCUUCUUCGUAAAGAUGGAAAGGAGAUCGACACACUGGGUGCCGUCUGGGCGUCCAUUGAUCUCGUCACGCCAGCUCCGACGCCUGCGCCAGCUCCUGUUACCAUUGAGGACUCCCCGGGCACUGUGGCUCCAGAAGACAUCGCUGGGAGUCUGUCGGAAGUGCACACGAAGGCGAAUAAACGGCCUGUGCAGCUGA